GGCUCACUGUGUCGUGCGCGCACCGUCUCGGGGCCGCGCACGCAGGGUUUGGAAACUUUUAGCGGGAACGAGCACGUGCGCGCACCCGUGUUCUUUGUGUGGCAGCAAAGCGAAAGCGCCAAAAGAGCGACCAUGGCUGAUGAGAAACCGAAGGAAGGUGUGAAGACAGAAGGUAGUGAACACAUCAACCUGAAGGUGGCGGGCCAGGAUGGAUCCGUCGUGCAGUUCAAGAUCAAAAGACACACGGCCCUCAACAAGCUCAUGAGGGCCUACUGCGAGAGACAGGGACUUGCUAUGAGGCAAAUCCGGUUCAGAUUUGAUGGACAGCCAAUAAACGAGAAUGACACCCCAUCACAAUUGGAAAUGGAAGAUGAAGACACGAUUGACGUGUUCCAACAACAGACAGGAGGAGUGAUUUAAUCAACCGCCCCCAUGUGUCAUCUUUCCUCAUUUAACAGAACCGCAGCCUGGCAUAAACAUCAUUCACAUCUUGUCCUAUCAAAGUUUCAAUGACUGCUGUACAGUAUUUUCAGUCUUGGCCCUCUUACUUCUGUACUUUUUGUACAUAAACCAAUCCACUUCGAUCUUUAGGAUUCAGCCCGUCAAAUUGGACUCAUUCUCGAAUCAUAAAUAUUGUAACUUUUCCAAUCGCCAGGCUCGGUCUGGAGAUUUGCUAGUAAAUUGGUUCUAAAGGUGAGUUAAAUUGAUACUCUCUGCGGUUUUCACAUUACUUAAAGAAUGUGGUCACAAGGGGCCAAACCACCUGCAAAAUUGAUUUGUGUGAUCAGGUCACCGUGCGUGUUGACCACUUGAGAGCUGGCCACUCAGAACACGUCAAUAAGCGUCUGGGCUUUAUCACGCUGUGGAAACAGGCCCAAAAUCUCAUUUGGUGACCAUAUGAAAACUAAUUGGAUUUUUAACUUUAUAUGGUGGUAAAUAUGUGGACAAUUGCUUUGAUUAAUCCGUUAACCAGACCAAACGUCAUUUUUUUGGAGGGUAGGGGGAGGAGGAUAUUUUUUGCCGUCAUGCAAACAAUCUGUAUUGUCUGUUAAGAUACCUGUUGAAAUAAAGCUAUUGUUGUUUUUCCAAAAC